CUCUGUUCUCUUUGCGCCGCCUUGCUUUCCCUAGCAGUCCAAUCCCAUCCAAUCCCUCUUUAAUUUCUAAGAACUACUCUCUCUUUUAUAUAUAUAUUUUUUUUCCUUUUACGCUUCUGCGAUUCCUUCGUUCUACCGCGACGAUCAGGAAACGGAAUAGCUCUGAUCUUUGUUUUUUCCUGGUUUGUGUUCUGAAUCAGCUCUCCGAUUCUAAUUUCCAAUUCGAUACGAUGACUAUUUCGAUCAAUUUCGUAUCUUGAUAAGAAAAAAGUGCGAUUGCUUCUGUUUAAGAUCGUGCGGAUGAGGCGAUUUUCAUAAGUGCUUGGUGUGGGAUUCGUGGAGCUGAGAUUUUGGAGAUGGCGACGCGGAGUCCCGUGAAGAUGGCGCCUGUAGCCCCUUCGAGUGGGAGCUUGGACGAUGAUUACGAGAGGGACAUCGAAGCUUUACGGUGGGAGCAGCAGCAGAAUAGAAACUUGUUCGACCUUGAUCCGGAUGAGCUCAAUAUUUGCCGGAGCGGCAGUGCACCCCCUUCCAUCAAUGAAUCAGUAAACGCUCUCAGGAGCCUUUAUGGGCCUUCUGGCCUUACCGAGCCACCUGGCUUCCACCGUCGUGAUGCUCCGACUAGGCCCUCGGACGAGGAGAUGAGGUCGCAUCCAGCCUACUUAUCUUACUACUAUUCCUAUGCCAAAUCAAAUCCGAGGAUGCCGCCCCCGGUGAUAUCAAAGGAGGAUUGGCGAGCAAGACAAAGACUUCAUACAGGGGCAUCCUUAUUUGGGGGAAUUGGCGAUAAUCGAAGUAGAAAAGAACUUGCAGAGGCCGAAGUAAGUGGCAGCUCCCUCUUUUCAUCGCAGCCAAGCUUCACAAAGCACGAUGGGCAAGUGGAGAUGCUGAGGCCCAAUGGAUUACUGCAGCAAAAUAAUCACUCCGCUAGGGAGUCAGGAGAGUGGCUCGAUCUGAAUACUGAUGGUCUUAUAGGGUUGCCAGAUGUUGGACUCGGUGCAAGAAGGAAAAGUUUUGCGGAUGUAUUGCAGGAAGAACUGGUUCAUCCAGCAUCUGUUGCCGGACAUAUUUCAUGCCCAGUUAGUCGCAAUGCAUAUGAAGAUACUGAUUCUGGAAGACUCUCUGAUUCCAUGCUGGCACAUCUUGAUGAAUCAGAAACAUUAAAUGGUCUGCAAUACAGGGCAUCUUCUCCCAGUCUUGUUAGAGUCAGAAGCGUUGGUUCCUCGGUUGAAGCAACAGUGGAUCAUUCAGUAAGUAGAAAUACAAAUACGGAUCCUUUGUUGAUUCAAAGGUUGCCAAGCCCCUCCCUCCCACCUGUGGGAGUGAGAAAUGAGGAUACUGAUAUACACAGUGGUAUUCGAUCAAAUCACAUGCAUGAUUUUUCAUCUACUAUUGGGAAUUCUGACGAUAUUGCUGCAGCUAUGUUGAAUUUGAACUUGUCUGCACACAACCAAGCAGUUCCUGGUCGCCGGCAAUACAAAUCGGAUCCUGCCACCUUAAUAAAUCCAUUAGAUCAAUUCAUUGGACAAAAUGAAGGACAGCCUACUACAAUCCACAACCAGUUGAAAUCUGGUUUUCAUCGACAAACCAUGGAGUCAGUUGGUGGGCACUAUUCACUGGAGAAUGCAGAUCCAUUACAUGCUGCUGGCUAUUUGAGCCCUUCUUUGGGAGGAAAAUUUCUUGGUUCAUCACAUGUGGAUUUGCCCAACUACCAAAGUGCAUAUUUGGGAAAUGUUCUUGUGAAUCAAAAUGGCAGAUACAGUGUACCUCACCUUGGCAAGUUUAAUAGUUUAGAUAAUAGUUUAUAUGGUGAUCAUGGUUUUGGUAUGGGUAUGCCAUAUCCAGCAAAUCAAAUUUCAACUACUACUCACACUCUCUUGAACUCUGUAAGCCCAAUUAGACAAAAUGGGCGGUUAUGUCGGAUGCCAUCCACAGCUCGAAGUCAAAUGGGAGUUUCCCAUGUUUCAUGGUUCCCAGAGAACAGUGCAAUAGGAGAAGGUUAUUCUUCAUCUUUGCUAUUAGAAUUCAAGAACAACAAAACUAGAUUAUUUGAACUUUCAGAUAUUGUUGGACAUGCUGUGGAGUUCAGUAAGGAUCAGCUUGGAAGCCGUUUCAUUCAACAGAAACUUGAAACUGCUUCAAUUGAAGACAAAAACUUGAUUUUCCCUGAAAUAAUCUCUAGCGCUCAUGCCUUAAUGACUGAUGUUUUUGGCAAUUAUGUCAUUCAAAAAUUCUUUGAGCAUGGUACAGAAAUUCAGAGAAAGCAACUUGCAAUUCAGCUGAUUGGUUGUGUUUUGCCUCUCAGUCUUCAAAUGUAUGGUUGUCGAGUAAUCCAAAAGGCUCUAGAAGUAGUUGAUGUUGAGCAGAAAGCUCAAAUGGUGCUAGAGCUUAAUGGUCAUAUUAUGAAAUGUGUUCGUGAUCAGAAUGGAAAUCACGUAAUCCAGAAAUGCAUUGAAUGUAUUCCUCAAGACAAAAUUCAAUUCAUCAUAGAAGCAUUCUACAGUCAUGUUAUAGCACUUUCCAGCCAUCCGUAUGGUUGUCGGGUCAUUCAGAGGGUAUUAGAACACUGCAAUGAUCAAGAAGUCCAGAGUAUUAUGAUGGAGGAGAUCAUGGAAGAUGUCUGUAAUUUGGCACAAGACCAGUAUGGGAAUUAUGUUAUUCAACAUGUUCUGCAAUACGGUAAACCAGAAGAGCGAUCGGCUAUUAUCAGCAAGCUUGCUGGACAGAUAGUUAAGAUGAGCCAGCAAAAAUAUGCUUCCAAUGUCGUUGAGAAGUGUCUGACUUAUGGCACCCCCGAGGAACGUCAAAUCUUGAUAGAUGAGAUUCUUGGUACCACGGAUGAAAAUGAACCUCUUCAGGCUAUGAUGAAGGAUCAGUUUGGUAAUUACGUUGUACAAAAGGUUCUAGAGGCAUGCGACGAUAAAAAUUGUGAACUUAUACUUCAACGUAUCAAAGUUCACCUGAAUGCUCUGAAGAGAUAUACAUACGGCAAGCACAUUGUUGCCCGGGUUGAGAAGCUAGUGGCAACAGGAGAAAAACACAUUGGAGCAUCGUCGUCGUCACAGUAUGCUGCUUAGAAGAGAUUGCAGCCGUGUGGAAUUGAUGAAAUUCUGUACAGUUAAUGAUAGUAGCACCACCAGCUUUCUAAUUUUUCUUGUUCGGUAUCAAUAAAAACCAGGUUGAGCUUGAGUGACUUGUUGUGAAUAAAUUAUCGGCUUUGUUUAAAUAACAAAGUUUCCAUAUUUCAACUUGUAUAUUUGGGUCAUGUAGGAGUUCAAAACAUGGCGACAGCAAUGUUAGCUCUGCCUACUAGGUUUAGAGAUGUUUAGACCAUCAAAUGUAAAAAAGGGCUUUAGAACUCCUGUAAUUUUAGUUCAGCAACGGCUGUUGAAACGUUGUCUAAGUUGAUUCCUCA